UAUUAGUAGUAGUAGUAGUAGUAGUAGUAGUAGUAGUAGUAGUAGUACGACAGAUUCUAUAAGUGUCGAAUAAUGUGAAAAUGUUCUUCACUUAUAUAUAAUUUCUAAAUAAAGAGACAACUUAGAAUGAUUACCACCAAUUAAAUUAUUCUCAGUUUAUGAUUGUACUAUCAAGUGAAUUGUAAUAAGUCUUGUAAAUAGAUAUCUAUUGUUGAAUAUCAGUUAUAUAUAUAUAUAUAUACGUUUAUUCAUAAGUCGAUUCCGAUUCAUCAUGAAACAUUACGAUAUUGUAGUUGAAGCAAAUGAAUUACCAACAGAACGUAAAACAACCGCAUUGACUUUAUGUGUACAUGCAUUGGAUUAUUAUCAUACUGAAAAAGAUGUAGCUAUGUUUAUGAAAAAAAAUUUUGAUAAAUUAUAUGGACCAAUAUGGCAAUGUAUUGUAGGUCAUGAAUUUGGAAUGUCAAUCACACAUGAUGAAAAGUGUUUCAUUUAUAUACAUUGUGGAGAAGUCAGUCUUUUACUUUAUCGAUGUACUUAGUAAACUAUUAUCAUCAAAAAAUAAUUUGAACAAAAGUGUUUUCCUUUUCUUAAAUAAAAAAAUGUUUUCUGUA